GGUGGGUGUAGCUAGUGCUGUGCUCGCCUCGUAUCAAUUUGUCUGUCAGGCUAUCUGUCCCUGUCCCCGUGCGGUUCUCAGUGUCUCAGUGUGUGCAACACCCUGCAAAUACAAGCGGCAAUGGCUCCUGCACAGAAGAACAGAGUGUUUGUGGUCGGAGUUGGAAUGACAAAGUUUGUGAAACCUGGAGCAAAUGACUACCCUGAUAUGGCCAAGGAAGCAGGUCAAAAAGCCUUAGCAGAUGCUGGGAUCCCAUAUUCUGCCAUCAAACAGGCGGUUGUCGGAUACGUCUACGGGGAUUCCACGUGUGGGCAAAGAGCUAUAUAUCACAGCUUAGGCAUGACCGGCAUCCCCAUCAUCAACGUCAACAACAACUGCUCCACGGGGUCCACCGCCAUCUUUAUGGCAAGACAGUUGGUCCAAGGAGGUCUCGCUGACUGUGUGCUGGCCCUGGGAUUUGAGAAGAUGGAGAGGGGGUCUCUGAGCUCAAAAUUUUUGGACAGGACCAGUCCUAUGGACAAACACAUGAUGGUCAUGAUGAACCGUUACACGUUGACCGAAGCCCCUCCAGCUUCACAGUUGUUCGGCGGCGCUGGCAAAGAGCACAUGGAGAAAUAUGGCACAAAGCCAGAGCACUUUGCUAAAAUAGCCUGGAAGAACCACAAACAUUCAAUCAACAACCCAUAUUCCCAGUUCCGAGAUGACUACAGUUUGGACCAGAUUCUUAAGUCUAGGAAGGUGUAUGAAUUCCUUACUCUGCUGCAGUGUUGUCCAACGUCAGACGGUGCCGGAGCAGUCGUUUUAGCCAAUGAGGACUUUGUACGGAAACAUCAUCUGGAGGAUCAGGCUGUGGAGAUUUUAGCCCAGGAGCUGGUGACAGAUCUGCCCUCGACGUUUGAAGAAAACAGCUGCAUCAAGAUGGUUGGAUAUGACAUGUCUCGUUUGGCUGCUAAAAAAUGUUUUGAGGCUACUGGUCUGAAACCCAGUGAUGUGGAUGUGGUGGAGCUUCAUGACUGUUUCUCUGCUAAUGAGCUCAUUACGUAUGAAGCCCUGGGCCUUUGUCCAGAAGGUAAAGCGGGAGAGAUGAUCGACAGAGGGGACAACACUUACGGAGGGAAAUAUGUGGUCAAUCCCAGCGGUGGUCUCAUUUCUAAAGGCCAUCCUCUGGGAGCUACAGGGGUUGCCACAGCAAAUCAUUAUCUUCCAUCUCACCCUGUUCUCUGCGUCUUCUACUCUUGACUCCAAAUAUCUGCAUGUCCAUGUCCUCUCGGCCUUCCUCUUUGACUCCUACCCCGCUAGCUUCAUCUCUCAAAGCUCUCCUUCCGUCUUCUCAGCACACUUUCCUCGCUUGUGUGAUUACGUUCCCGUCUCUGUCUUAAAUCGAACUCGCCCGCUGCACGUCCUUCCCAGCUCCAUUUCUCUGUCUCGCCCUUCCUGACGCACCCCUCACCAUUUAUCCAGGCUUGGGACCGGGCGCUAUAGAAAACACCGGCUUGUGUCCCC